UUCAAACAAAAAAGACAAAGUACACCCAAGUGAUACUCUCUCACACACAACACACACUCAUUUUCUUAUUAGACUUAUAUUGGAAGUGCUUUCAACAUCCCACGAGCCUUACACCCUGCAUCUCCAAAAUUUUCUCAUCCUUAUCUCUCUGCAACUCCACUCUUCAAUUAUUUCUCUCUCUCCCUUCCAUCUCUUUCUACUCACUCUCUCUCUCUCUCAUCAACCCCAUCGUCUUCUUAAUCUUCAAAGAAUUUGCAUAACUCCUCCAUCUCUCUCUAUCAAGCACAACUCAUACAUGAUGGAUCUCGAAACAUUGUUAAUCAAAGUGAAGACAACGAUAUGGAACCGUGUUGUGGACACUCCACCAAAGACCAAAACAAUCAAGAGAUCAUCAAACGUCGGCGUCUUGGCCUUCGAGAUCGCCGGACUCAUGUCCAAGCUCCUCCAUCUCUGGCAAUCCCUCUCCGACAAAAACAUCGUCCGCAUCCACAACGAAUCUAUCUCUCUCGAAGGAGUGCAAAAGAUCAUAUCCAACGACGAAGCUUUUCUCCUCAGCCUCGCCUGUGCGGAGAUGGUGGAAAGUGUCAGACUCGUUUCCAAGUCCGUGUCGAGGAUAAGCAAGCGGUGCGAGGACUCGAAUCUCCGGUGCUUCGAUCGCUUGCUCGAUGAAUUUGCAGACUCAUGCCGCGAUCCCAACAAUUGGGUUCUGAGCUGUAAAGAAACUGAAGCCAAGAACAAGAAGAUGGAUCGUCUGGUGGCGAUGACAAACACCCUUUAUAGAGAAAUGGACGAGCUUUCGACAAUGGAGGCUAGUUUGAAGAGGUCACUGAAGAGUAAAGAGCAAGAAAAGAUCAUUGAGAAGCAACAGAAGAUUCUCUACCAAAGACAAGAAGUGAAGUAUCUGAAAGAGAGAUCGAUAUGGUGUCGAAGUUUCGAUACAGUCACUUCAUUGCUUGUGAGAUCUAUCUUCACAGUCCUGGCAAGGAUCAAGCACGUUUUCGGGAUUGGUCAUGUACACAACUAUCCACCUUCUCUACCACGGAGUCUCUCAGCUUCAGCAACUGUCCACCCUUCUGACCAAAACCCUAAUGUUUGUGAUUUCGUGUCCGGGGCAUUCAUCAAGGGCUCUCAGGCUCAGGAUCACGAGAAAUUAGCAUCGGAUGAUGGGUUUUUCGAGCUGAACUCGAAGGUGUUAAAGCCGCCUGCAACCACCCUAGGCGCGGCGGCUCUAGCUCUGCAUUAUGCAAACUUGAUCAUAGUGAUGGAGAAGAUGAUAAGGUUACCUCACUUGGUCGGAGCCGAUGCUCGGGAUGAUCUGUACUCGAUGUUGCCGAGAAGUAUAAGGUGGUCCCUGAGGGAGAGGCUGAGAGGGGUAGGGUUUUCGGCCAGCGACCCCGGUCUUGCCGGAGAGUGGAGAGAGGCACUGGUGAGGAUAUUAGGAUGGUUAUCACCAUUGGCACAUAACAUGAUAAAGUGGCAGAGUGAAAGGAGCUUUGAGCAGCAGAAUUUGGUGCCUAAAACUAACGUUCUUCUCUUGCAAACUCUAUUUUUUGCCAACAAAGAGAAGACUGAGGCUGCAAUUACUGAGCUGUUGGUGGGCCUCAAUUACAUUUGGAGGUUUGAGAGGGAGAUGAAUGCUAAGGCCUUGUUUGAAUGUACCAACUUCAAUGAGUUCUUGGAUUUGCAGAACUCCAGUAAUUGAGCAAAGGGGCUUCACCUUUUUUUUCUUUUCCUUUUUUUUUCUUUUCUUUUCCUUUCACCUUAUUUGGUUCUAAUUUUGUUUUUCAAGAUAUAUAUAUAUAUAUAUAUAAAUAUAUAUUAUGUGGGUUAUUUUAGAUGGAUCACAGCUUCUGAUCUGUGAUGCAGUGAGCGUUUUAUUUUGCUUCUAACACUGAUCUGAUCUGUAUAUUGUAAUAUAUAUAUAUAUUGUCUGUAAAUGAUAUGAUUGAGUUGAGCUGAUCCAGCACUUAUGUGGGCU